AUGUUCUUCGCAGGCCGCAGGGUUUUCAAAAGUACUCCACCUCAAGCGAAUCCGAAGGGCUUGUUGAAAGAGAUGCAGAUGGAGAAGGUCCAGGAGAGGAUGCGGGAGGAUAUCGAGGAGCCAGAACAAAUCACAACUCAGGAGUCGAAUAUGGCAUCGCGGAAUGUACUUGCCAAGGUUCAGUGGCGAAGGAAGCCAGCUCGGCACAGAAGGAGAAACAUUAAGAAGGGCAAGAGGGUCAAGAAGCCAAAGAAGCCAAGGGCUCAGGAUCAGCCACGAAAGAUGGAGAAAGCAUCCCAGUUGCUUGCCGACCAGGUAUCCCCGUGCCAAAUUGGUGUCUUGUCAGACACUAUAACACCGAAGACGAAGUGA